AAACCAUGCCGCAGCCAAAAUCCCGGAAAAUCGCCGUGUUGGGUUACAGGUCGGUGGGGAAGUCGUCUCUCACCAUCCAGUUUGUGGAGGGGCAGUUUGUGGACUCCUACGACCCCACCAUAGAGAACACGUUCACCAAGACGAUGACUGUGAACGGGCAGGAGUACAACCUGCAGCUGGUCGACACGGCCGGCCAGGAUGAGUACUCCAUCUUCCCUCAGAGUUACACCAUCGACGUCGACGGUUACAUCCUCAUCUACUCCGUCACAUCCUACAAAAGCUUCGAGGUGGUCAGAGUGAUCCACGAGAAGCUGCUGGACAUGGUGGGAAACGUUCAGGUGGUGAUCUUGUUGUUGUUGUUGUUGUUGUGCAGGGUGAUCAGUUUCGAGGAGGGGAAAGCUCUGGCGGAGUCAUGGAACGCCGCCUUCCUCGAGUCUUCAGCCAAAGAAAACCAGACGGCGGUGGAGGUGUUCAGGAGGAUGAUCCUGGAGGUGGAGAAGAUGGAGGCGGGUCAGCCACAGAGUCGGACACCAUGCUCCAUGAUGUAGCUUCCACCCCCCCCCCCCCCCACCCCCCCCAACCCCACCCCCCCCCCCCACCCCCCCCAACACCCCCAUCACCGUCCACUGCAGCGACUGACAGCUCAGAUAUUUACACCAAACUCUGUUCAACAAUGUUCUGAUUUAAUGUUGAUCUGCACUUUGGAAAUCUACAACACAACUCUGAGGUUUUCUGUCCGUGAGCCCAAAGAAACGCUGUUAAAGCCUCAUGGGAGACGUAGUUCUUAAAUACCAACAAAAUAAUCCCUGUUUUAUCUUUGUUACACAAGAUGGACCGAAAACCUCCAGAGCGUGUUUUAUCAAAGGGAAUCCUCCAGACAGAAAUCUUCUGUAAACUCAGAGCUGAUGCUUCAGCCUGGACUGUGAACUGAACUUCUUCUAAACAUCAAGUGAGCUGGAGGGAAAUUUAGGUUCCUGUUGAAUUCUUACAACUUCUUGCUCCAUGAAAAAACCCUGGAGGGCAGGAGAGAGCGGCUUUGAAAGUUGAUUUAAUUGAAAUAAAUGCAUUUCUUGUGAAUUACUGUUGAGCAGAAUUUGCUAUAAGGCACUAAGAAUUUCAAAAAGGCACCAAGUCUUUUUUCACAAUGUUGGUUUAAUGGCUAAUUUGCACGACAACGCUCAAUUAACAGAUUUCCAAAUGGGGUUUGGUUUGACCUUUGCUGCAUGUCAAUGUGGAGCUGGAAUAAAACAUCUGACCGGCACAUUAGCUGAAUCAGAGACCAGAAAUUAUUAAGAUGGAGCAGAAAACGAUGCAUGAACCAAAAAAUUUAUUUAUUUCAAAAGCUGAAUUAAAUAUUAAGAUUAUAUAUAAGAUUAUUCUGAUUCUUAGGACGAGUUUAGGUCGGGAUUGGAUGUUGUAAUUGCAUCAUUACCUUAAAAAAUGGAUUUUAAAAAGGAUGAAUUUAUUUUUAAUUAAGUUGGCCAUGUUUAUUAUAUCAGUUAAUGAGGCUACAACAGAUGAAUAUAAGGUUUAACUCUUUACUGAAGAUGACAUCACUGUCUGCUGCUCCCCCUCAACUGAUCACUCUUCUAUAUUAAAUAAGAAAACACUUUUUAUAUGAAUAAUAAAGAAAUAUUUGUGUUUUUAUGAUUGUUCUCAUUAAAGCUGUGUUCUAUUGUUUGGCUAAACAUC